CUUCCUGCAGCGUUGCGCUGGAUGUUCUUGAAGCGGAUUGUACGAUUCUUCAUUUCCUUCGUUCUGCAUCGUAGAUUUACUGUUGUCAACAAAGUUCAACCAAACCUAUCUAUUUCGCCAGCUACAUGUAACCAAUUGCGUCCCAACACGAACUUGGGCUAUCGAAGGAGCGGCCGCUGUGCUAUAUUUCCUCUGAGAACGGUGGAGCUUCAAACUGGAAAGAGAACUUCUUCAGCACCGCAAGACUGAAACGGCAGCUCAACAAAAUGCCGUCUACAGCAGUAGCCAUGCGAACGCAGCAAAAGGUGGAAAUGUGGGAGCCAAUGCAACAGUGCAAAUCAAUUACUGAAACACACUCGAGGUUGUUUGUCAAGAAGCUUCUUGCUGUUGCUAUCUCCAACAUCGUUUACUUGAGAAACAUCUUCCCAGAGAACGCAUUUGGUGACCGGUACCUUGAGGACAUCAAUUUGAAGAUAUUGAGGGAUGACAACACUUGCAAAGGAGCAGUGCAGGUGAUUGAGUGGGUGAAAGGUUGCUUCGAUGCCUUGGAUCGCAAGCACCUCAAAGCCGUCAUCCUGGCCAUCUACAAGGAUGCCAACGACAUGGAAAACGCUAUCGAGUCGUACACGUUCCGCUUUGGCUACGACAGUCUGGAUGUUACUCGCAAAGAAGGCGGUGAUAGCAAACAGGAAAAGUCCUUGUUACAUGCAACAACAGCAGAAGAGGUGAAGAAGGCUACAGUCCGCCUGCUCCGCACACUUAUUGUUCUCUCACAGACCCUUGAUGGCCUGCCAAGUGAGGUCCUGAUGACUAUGAAACUGCAGUACCUUGACACUGUGCCCGAGGAUUACGACCCACCGGGAUUCAAAUCAUGCGAGCAGUCAGCUGUCGUAGUUGAUGGCAACCCACCAGCCAUAAAUGUUGGCGGCAUUUCCACCGAGUACCACAGCGUAAAGCUACGCAUCAAGACCAGCUGUCACCAGUACGCAGACUUAGAUCAUCCAACCGAGUCACAGAAGGAAAAUGUCAUCGAUGCAGCUGACGUUGUGGUGGACGAACAACCACCUAACAUUCCAGACCCACAACUUGAUACUCCACCACCGUCAGCUCCUAACUCUGUGCAUGGAGAAGAGCAACACAUUGAAGAAGAAGAUGACGAUGAAGUCGAGAACGCCAAUGCCCCUACCAACAAAGAAGAACCACAUGCAGCUGUGAACGAGCAGAGUGAGUGCAUGGAAGUUGAAGAACAGGAGCAAGUGCGGUGUCCAUGCGGUGACAACCAGGACGACGGUCUGAUGAUCAAGUGCGAAGUGUGUAGUCACUGGCAGCAUGGAGUUUGCUUCGGUUUCCUGUGCAAUGAUGAUGUGCCCGAGCAGCAUUUCUGUGAUCAGUGCUGCGUUGAUGGCAGUACUGAGCGGCCGCCGUCCGAUCCCAUCCUUUGCUUCUUGAAUCCAAUCACACUGCAAGCAACUUGUCUCUGGAGACGUGGUCUAAUGGCAUGCUCCGAAUCCAAUCGUAUCCUGGUCCCUGGUUUCGCCAGGAGACUUGGCGUUGAGAUAAACGUCGCGCAAGGAAUCGUGCAUCGACUGGAGAGGGAGGGCUACAUCACUACUCCCACACGAGGCAAACGCCUUGGCAAAGUUGUCAACAAGGACAAGAUCAGAACUGAGGGCAUCAACAAGUAUUUCGAUCGCUCUCUUCUGAGACCACUGGAUGGUUCGUGUGAGCCAGCAAAAACAGCAGACGAACCAGCAGCAGCAAUAGCACCAGCAACACAAUCUGACGACAUGGACAAGGUUACAGUCAGCGCUGCCAACUUGGCUAUAGACAAUUCCAAACCGCAGUCGCCAUGCCGUUCAACCAGCCGUGGCAAGACCAAACAGAGACAACAGGCUGAUGACAUGGAUUAUGCAAGCAGUCAAGAAGUCAACGGAAACUCGCCAAAGCGCCGAUGUCGUCGCGGAAGCAUUGCAAAGAAAGCAAUCCGCUUGUGAAAAACACAUUUGCUACAGAAAGCUGCCUAGAACACAUUUGUACAGUUUCUUUUCUUUCCUGCUGCACAGUCUGCUGCAACAUAAUUACCCACUAGUGCAUGCAAAUACAGACAUGUAGAUGUUUUAAGCAUCGCAAUAUUUAUCUUCCAAAGUAUCAGAGAUAUUCCAAACGCUAUUGUUCCAAGAAUAGAGCAGCAUCAUUAUUCUAUGACCAGCAUAAAUAAUUCAGUGUCCUUACAAAGUAGUCUGCACCUACCAGCAGGCAUACCAGCAUGAAACCUAUGGACUAUUCUCAUUCAUUGUA